GCGGAAGGUGCCCCUCCCCAUGGUACCUGACUGAUGAGACAGCGGGGUUUGUCACCCAAACGUAAUCCAUCCACUUCAUCCUCAACACCAAAAUCAAGGUUGGAGAUAAUCCAUUCGCCAUCUUUUCUCCUCCUUUUCUAGAGAUUUGUUUUCGUUUUUAUUUUCUUGCCUAGACAAACUCUUUUCGUAUGAAAUAGAAUACCCGCUGCUUCCAUUUCAUCCGCAAUACCUCUCAAACUUUUGACGUGGUUCGUUUGACCCCGCCAUCACCAGGCCACAGUCACCUCAGAUCAUAUUCUUUCUGACCACUCGAGAAGCUUGGCUGAUACCUGAUACAGAAGUUUUUCAGAGUCUCACGGGCUUGAUAUAGUCUGGACACUGGGCACUGAUAGUGGCUUAAAUUCAAGUGAAUUCCCAGAAUUUGCCAUCAGGUUUCAAACAUUCCAAACAUGUCGACUCCGCGUGUCUUUCUUAUUCGCCACGGCGAGACAGAAUGGUCACUUGAUGGUCGUCAUACUGGCUUGACUGAUAUCCCACUCACUCCCAAUGGCGAGAAGCGUGUUAGAGCUACAGGAAAGGCUCUUGUUGGGCCGGAUCGUCUCAUCGCCCCCAAGAAGAUUGCUCACAUUUACGUUUCACCACGAAAACGCGCCCAGCGUACAUUUGAACUUCUCAAUCUCGGGCUGAAACGCCCUCUUCCUUGGACACCUCACGGCGCUCCUGAUGGUACUGGCCUUCAAUGUGAAGCCGAGGUGGAGGUCACGGACUACAUCCGGGAAUGGGACUACGGUGACUACGAAGGAAUCACAACACCUGAGAUUCGUAAGAUCAGAGCGGAACAAGGGAUCAAAGGGUCUUGGGACAUCUGGAAGGAUGGAUGUCCUGGCGGGGAGGCUCCCCACGAUGUAACCAGAAGACUUGACCAAUUGAUAGAGGAGAUUCGUGAGAGAUAUCACAAGCCAGCCAUGGACAAAGGAAGCGAUCAAUGUGGCGACGUGUUACUUGUUGCCCAUGGGCACAUCUUGCGUGCCUUUGCUAUGAGAUGGGCUGGCUACGCUUUAAGAGAAGGACCUACUUUCUUAUUGGAGGCAGGUGGUGUUGGAACACUCAGCUACGAGCAUCAUAGAAUCGAAGAGCCGGCCCUUCUCCUCGGUGGCGCUUUUGUCGUUGAACUUGACGGACAAGAUUAGCCGCUUUUCAAGACCAAAAUCUUUUAGGCAUUGGCGCCCAGAUGGUUUCUUAGAGCAUAGAAUUGAUUGUUUAAUGAACAUGUCCUCGGAUCGCACCAACAGCUGAGCCAAGUCCCCCCUAGUCCAGAGAUGGUAACUCAUAAUCUCCCGACGAUCAGACCCCAAUGAUAUUGCAUCAUUCGGUCACGACACGACCAACAGAAGUUUCAAUAAUCGAAGCUGACCUCGCACAGACAACAGCACGGCUAAUGUCAUCGAUACGUAUCUCGUGCACUUGAGCUGGCGCAUUCGACGGAAAUGACCAGACCUCCGUUCGGUGGCACCAGCGUCAACAAUCAAUGUGUGUUUCACACUUAUUUACCAAGAGUCGCCCAAAUACCUCUCAAAAACAAAGGGCGUGUCCAAAAGUACUUCAAAAGGGCAAAGCCUUGUCGCACGACUUGGGAGACCCCUGCUAUGGGCGUUCUGGAAGCGCGGAUGAGGCUGAAGGGGCGAAUCUCACAUGAUAUCCCUUUCCCGCCUACCAGACACGGGAUCGCGCCGCCCCGGACAAGCCAUUUCCCUCCCUUCUCUUCUUUUCUUCUACAGACGGCAUUUCUAAUUUCCAAUAGCCUACUCUGAACUUCGACUCCAUCGACUAAUGUGCCAAGAAUGAUUCACUUCAUCCCUUGACAUCGAAAGUGGCUGGGCUGGUGCCGGAAGAAUGCAUCCGCACACCAUAACUUACGGCUCCCCCUCUGGACAAGGUUUUCUUUGACCACAAGGGCGGGACGGGACGGUCCAGCUGAGUAUAAGGGUGUGAGGGAAGGCUUGAAGGGAGAGGUUUCGUCGGAUAUGGGGUCUGUUGCCAGGGCAAAGGGCUGACUUACUCACGCCGGACUAGUAGUAGCCUCCGGUCGCGAACGGCUGUUUUACCAAAGCAUGACCGGACUGUUGGAUCGGAUGGGCUGUUUCUGGGCUGUAAUUGGGCUUGUGAUGUGGAUUGAGUCUCGAUAUUCAUUCCAGUGUCUGGUGACUGAUGUAACGUUAGUUGGAGUACUGGGAGAGCUGGGUACCCUGGACAGUCAAGCUUUGACUACGACAGCUGUAGAUGGUUUCAGAUUACCAAUUUUGCUAGGAACUACAAUUGAUCACGUAUGAGACACCUCGUCGGAGGGAUAUUGUGCAAUUAUAGGUGUC